AUGAGACUCUUCCCUCAGAACGGAGACGUGAUCAACUUUGCGUCCUGGUUCUUGUUCGCGUUCCCCACGAUGCUGCUGACGCUGACGCUCGCCUGGUUCUGGCUGCAGUUCCUCUUCAUCGGCUGCAACCUGAGGAAGAUGUGGGGUUGCGGGACGGUGCACACGGAGAAGCAGCGAGCAGCGUACGAAGUGAUGCGGGAGGAGCACCGGCGUCUGGGCCCGGUGAGUUACGGAGAGCUCAACGUUCUGGGGCUGCUCAUCCUGAUGGUGGCGCUGUGGUUCACACGAGACCCGCGCUUCAUCGACGGCUGGGCGACGCACGUCUUCAACGCCAAGGCAGA